AUAAAACCCAUUGCAGCACACAAAGAAGACUGCAGAGCCUAGAGAAGAGAUCUGACAAUGGAAGGGCAGAGACUGUCAUCCUACGGAAGACGCUUCGGCUCUCAAACCACCUCUGUCCACCAUGCCCUCAGGUUCUCACCAGGCCUCAGGAACCUGCCUUCAAGUCCCACUACCCGGGUCUCCAUCACCAAAUUGAAGACCUCUAGUCUCAAUUUUCAUGCUCGCCCCAAGUUCUUCUCAGACAAGGUGGAUUUUUCCUUGGCUGAUGCCCUCAACACCGAAUUCAAAGAGACCCGCACCAAUGAGAAGGUGGAGAUGAUGGAGCUGAACGAUCGCUUUGCCAGCUACAUCGAGAAAGUCCGUUUCCUAGAACAGCAGAAUAAAGUUCUGGUGGCUGAGCUCAACCAAAUACGAGACAAGGAGCCCACCAAGCUGUCUGACAUCUACCAGGAUGAGAUGAAGGAGCUACGCCAUCAAGUAGACCAACUCUCUAACUCUAAAGCCCGGCUAGAGAUCGAGAGAGACAACAUGCUAGAGGACCUCAACAGUUUCCGGCAGAAGUUACAGGAUGAAAAUAAUCUGCGCUUUGAAGCUGAAAACAAUUUGUCUUCCUACCGACAGGAUGUUGAUGCUGCUGCAUUAGCCCGGAUAGACCUGGAACGCAAAAUCGAAUCACUGCAGGAGGAAAUCAGCUUCCAAAAAAAGGUCCAUGAUGAGGAGUUGCGGGAGCUGCAGGAGCAGCUGCAGCAGCAGCAGCAGCAAGUACAUCUCGAGAUGGACCUGGCCAAGCCAGACUUGACAUCUGCCCUACGUGAGAUCCGCAUUCAGUAUGAAUCCAUGGCCUCAAACAACAUGCAUGAGACUGAGGAAUGGUAUAAGUCCAAGUUUGCAGACCUGACUGAUGCAGCGGCACGAAAUAUUGAGGCCUUACGCUUAGCCAAGCAAGAAGCCAAUGAGUAUCGCCGGCAACUGCAGGCCCUCACCUGUGAUUUGGAGUCCCUGAGAGGAUCAAAUGAAUCCCUGGAGAGGCAGCUGAGGGAGAUGGAAGACCGCUACGUUCUUGAGACUGCCAGUUAUCAGGACACAGUGAUUCAUUUGGAGGAAGAUUCACGAAGCCUUAAGGAGGAAAUGGCUCAUCACCUUCAGGAAUACCAGGACCUCCUCAAUGUCAAAUUGGCAUUAGACAUUGAGAUUGCCACCUACCGCAAACUCCUAGAGGGAGAGGAAAGCAGGAUCACCAUCCCAGUGCAAACCUUCUCCAACCUUCAGAUUCGAGAAACCAGCCUGGACACAAAGUCUGUUUCUGAGGCCUACUUGAAGAGGAGCCUUCUGGUCAAAACAGUGGAGACAAGAGAUGGAGAGGUGAUCAAGGAGUCCACCCAGGAGCACAAGGAAGUGGCAUAAAGCAGGCGGCUGUGCAGUAAAAACCACAUGAAUGGAGCAUGGAAACUUGUAGCUAUAGAAUGCUAGAUGCGCUUCACUUCUUUCUGAUGCUUCACUGCCAUGGUCCAAAAGCAGCUGCAGAUAUUGCAGCAAUCACAAUGAAUAUGCCAGUGCUGGAGAAGCAGCAAGGGCUGGGAAACAUCUGCAAAUCUAACUAUUAAUGUGAGAAAAUAACCAGCUGCAAAUCAGGCCUCAGUUUGGAGUCGAUUCCCAUUUCUCAUCUUAUGUGCUUUAAUCACUCUGCCCUUUAUAGUGUCCAAACAGGCACAGUCUUUAGACUGGGCCGUAGCUGAUUUUGAUAUCAUCUUUGCCAUAAUAUCAAAACCUGAUCUCUCUCAAUAAACCUACUAA